UGCGAUACUCAUUAUUUUAAAUUUGGUCUUCUCCAAAUCGCUCAAUCGGACUGCCUCCGACCCCUGCAGACAAGAAAUAAGAGUGAUGCCAUCGACCCCCUCGUCCCGACGAAACAUUUGCUCCCUCAUCGCUUGCGACGUGACCCCUUUUGUGUGGAUUAUUGUGGUGGAAUUGAAGCAACCAAGCAAUUGACCAAACGACCAGACCAUGUCGGAAUCAUCUCAAGUCUACGGAUGCAUCGAAUGCGGCAUGCUCUUUGCGGGGUGGGAGUUUUGCCUGGCGCAUAUUGAGCAUUGUCGGCCGCAGCAUUACCUGGAAGUAGACAAAAAGACACUGAAAGAGCUCUGUAUGAUUGGACAUCGUCGAUGCAUCGUUCCAUCGUACCAACCAGCCAUGAUCCAGGGGGAUUCGUCGUUUGAGGGGUUUGGCGACGACGGUGCCAAUUUGGAGGAAGACUGUGCUUCCAAGAGUUCUUCGGAGGGAAGUGCCGGAGAGACGACGUUGACACAAGACUUUCUCAAUCCAGUAGAGGACGGAAUGCCAUCUGCUCAUCACAACCACCAUCACAACAAAACCAGCAAUAAUAUCCUGCCAAAUCUCAGAAUGUUUCCCGCGGGUGAACAAUUUAUGGAAUCGGAGCAACGAGAUGACUUUGAAGGGGUGAGACAAGGAGUGGAAUAUGAUGACGAUGAUGAGGAAUUUGACGCUCAAGAGAAGAUGGUAUUGCAGCUUUUUGACAGGGAAGACCACAAGUUUUCAUUUCUAGGAAGCAAGUCCAGCGCUACCAUCCCCACAAAGACUAAGCAACCAGCUGUAGCAUCCACAUUCUCCGGACGGGAGAGGGAUAGCAUGCAAGAACAGCACUAUCAGUCACCUUUACAGAAACAGUAUCAGUCACCUGUACAGCAGCAGCACCAUCAGUCACUUGUACAGCAACAGUAUCAGCCGCCCUUGCAGCACCAGUAUCAGUCACCGGUACAGCAACAUCAUCAAGAGUCGCCUGUACAGCAACAUUAUCAGUUACCUGUGGAGCAACAUCAGCAGUCGCCUGAACAGCAACAACAGCUGUCACCUCUACACCAGUCAUUCUUCAACCCAAACGGCGAAGAUGACUUUCCCUCCGUCAUGAAAUCUCCCGAUACUGGUAGUUGUAGCGAAAGCAAGCAUCAAAAGAAGCUUCAUCGGAUUGAAAGGUCACUCCAUCGGUUGAUUCGUGAAGCGUCGCCGUUAGCUGCCGGGAAACCAAAGAUGGUGCUGUUGGGGAUCUUACCCAGGGUGUACGAAGUGCAGUUUGGUACCAAGCUUGAAUAUCACGAAUUGGGAUUCUCCGACCUCAGAGACUUGAUAGAUGCCAUGCCCAGUAUAUCAUUGGUUGUAGACAGCCCGUAUCUUGGCAUCGAACAUGAGUACAUUCGUCUUCAGAAUCCAAACGAUGAAUAUAUCAUACAGGAACAGUCGGACGAUGAAACGCAGCCCGAGAGUGACGACAAGUACAACCUCAAACAACCCGAGAACGUCGACAAGUACAACCCCAACGCAAACAGCAUCCAGCAUCCUCCGUCCCAAAACUCGAGCUCCGAAAACCUGAUGGAAGAUACAAGCCUGAGCAACGAGAAAACGCCACAGCAUUCCAACUACAUGAAAAAGCGAUUCUCCUUCAGCAUGGGAAAGAGUAGUUCCGGGUCGAGUGAAGAAAGUCUUGCGUUGCAACCCAUUUCGGAACAGAGUGCCAGCGAUUCCAACGGAGAUUCACGUUCAAGAUCCAGGAAGAUUCUUCAAGCCAAAAGGGAAAGAGGGGGUUCUUCUACAGAAAAGGCCGACGAUGAUUCCGUAGCAAGCUCGACAAUUUCAUCCUGCGGAUCCUCCAAAUCUGUGAUCCACGCCCUCGCAGAAAUGCUGCCCAAUACCAAUGCGUACGCCAGCAUUCUCCGUGUCUUGUCCAGAAACCACAAGGGCACUACCAUUGGAAAAAUCAUGGUCCAAGCCCCCGAGUUCAAAAACUUUCUGAGUCAUUGCACGGAUCGUCGAUGCGAGGCUCAAAUCAAACUAGCCCACUCCGUGCUACAGCAGUGUCACGGAAUCUCGUACCAACGCACCGCGAAUGGAAAUAUCUUGUACAAUAAGGCCUUGAACAAAGAGGUGUCAACACCUUACUCCAUUGUGACUAGUCCAAAAGGGCUGCAUCGACGCGAGUACUUGCACCAAAGAGUCAAUAAUCAAACUGAGAACCAACAACAGAUGUCUCGCGACCCAGCGCAAAAGCCAUUAUCCAUUGCCACACAGUUAGAUUCAGACGACUCAUCAUCUCAGCUCAAGAUUUUGUCGGAAGAGGCUAUCGAUGAAGUGGCGGCAAGACUCUUUGCAGCAUCCGAAUUCGUGACUCCCACCUCGUCGCCUCGAAGGGAAGCCGCCUCUCGACCAGCCAGAACCAACAAUGCCGACGGCGUCUUCCGAAAACCCCAGCAUUUGGACACCAUAUCCACUCAGAGUGUAGUUUACUCACAUGGACGUGCAACAGACUCUGCGGCGGCUGGAUCGAGGGGGGUGUCUCCAAGGGACAAUGCCCAUGCUUGGGCCAACCCUCCCCAUACUCCCCGUUCUACAAAGGCAUUGUCUCCUCGUCAUUUCAACAUACAAUCACCUGCAACGACACUCUCAAGAGAGCAAUCCAUUGCCGAAAGCGCAGCAAAGAUGUUAGCUGAAGCGCAGUCCAUGACGACACCAACGGCGAUGAUAUUGGCUGAGACUCUGUCUUUAUCAACUCCAACGACAGGCAAGCAGCAUGGCACUCCCCUCAUCCAGAGACCAACUUCAGGGAUGACGACUUCAGAAAACGCAGAGAUGUCUCUGAGCGACGCACACGAAGAGAGUACAAUGACCAUAACGUCAAGCAGCAUUGAUCGCAGCGUCAACAACAACCAUGGUGGAAGCACGAACCCGAAACGAAGGAUGUAUUUCUUCACUGAUGCCAUGUCAACAGACCCAGAAGAAACAACAACCCUUACAUCACUAGCUCCAUCUGCGACUCCAGACAAAUCGAAUGCAGGCGACAAAGGCAACACUGCGGGACACAUUGGAAGACCGAGAAAGCAGGGGGCGUCGAAGGCCAUGCACACGUCGGCAAGCAGCGUUCAUUCUUUGGCCCUCCCAGACGAAGUCAUUGAAAAGAUUGCGGUCGAUCUCUUCCCUACCACAAACAUGCACUACAGACUCCUCGUGGCACUCGCUGAACACCCUGGUGGUAUGACUUGGGACCAGAUCAAUGCUUUGAUUCCUCCCUUUUCCGACUUCGUCGAAAGGUAUGCGGCAGAGAAAUGCAGAGAAAGCAUCGACCCCCAAGCCGUUCUUGACAAAUGUGUUAGUGUCGACAAGAGACAAGUGGAGGACAGAUGUCUGUUUUUCAUCAAUGCACCGGACAUGAUGCCAACUGGUUCUACAAUGGCUGAAAGCAACAAUAAUAACGUCAACAACCGAAGCAGACCCGACGAAAUAUCGUCAACCAGUGAUAUGACAGAAGAAUCCUCGACCGCAUCGAGUGGUCCCGACAGCAUCAACGAGCCACUGGUAUUCUCGCUUACAUAUGCUGGAUCAGACAUUAUGGCGACUCUAUGCUUCCUUCGAAGAUUGAAGGAAAGUGUCAAGGAUCGACCGUGGCCAACCUCAUACCAACAAGCGUGGCAAUGGUUAAUGCGCUUCGACGAAGAAAACGGGGCUUCGGCGGGCAAUCCUGAUAAGCCGUCCGUGACUAGUUGGUUGGAUAUCCUGACUGAGGAGGAAUCAGCCCAAUCACGUGUCAAAACAAGGCGACAAGCAAUGCACAUACUUCUGAAUUACCUUCAACGAUUGAAGUGUGUAAGUCGAACAGGUCCUGACCUUAGUUGGAAUCCCAGGGAAAUUGCUUCCACUUUGGCACAUACCGUCAUUUUGCAGCAACAAAGCAAAUUGAACCACUACCUCGGCAAAACCCCCGUUUCUUACAUUGAAACUAAGGAGCAACUGCAAAGGGCAAAGGAAGGCGAACCCUUCUGCUAUUAUCACGAAGGGGUAGUGACAGUCAGCUGCGAGGGUGCUCCCGAUGAUCUUCAUGUCAUUCAAAUUGGGACCGAGUCGAUCACGUAUAUCUUUGACUGCGUCAAACUCGGCACCAAGGCUGUCUGCGCUGUGCUCUCCAAUUUGUUCAAGAGUGACCGUGUCAUCAAAGCGUUUCAUGACGUCCAUCACACUGCAGUUGCCCUCGCGAAGAUUGGAGGGAUAGCUGAACCGCUAAAGAACUUAUUGGAUACACAGAUUGCAAUGGAGGCACUUACAGGGGUAUCAACAAUGAGCUUCAAUCGUAUGCUCCGUCAGCUCGGAAUUGCAGCCCAUCCCAUAACAAAGGCCUUGUCGAGACGAAAAGACAAGUUCUGCAAUAGACCUAUUUCAAAAGAAUUGCUCUCCUACGCUGCAGAUCACGUUGAUCUGCUUCUGGUGAGUGCGUCGACGCUGAUUGAAACCCUUCGAGACUCACCGUCCACCGAAAAGCAAGAGCUAUGGAGCUCUAUCCAAUCGGCAUCCGAGAUGCGGGCCGUCAUGGCAGUCGAGAAAGAUGGAAGACGCAGCAUAUGCUUUGACGUUGCAAAUCAACACAACCUAUCGUCGCUGGAGCUCCUCCUUAUUCAAAGGCCUACAGAUAUGUAUGAGUGCCUACCACUGUCCUAUUCGAAUGAUGCGGCGGGUCUCUUGAGUCUCCUACCAGGGGAAUUGGUAGAGAACGUUUCCGCCAUUGAGUUCCAUGAGCACGUUUCGUCCAUCAUGUUGGACCAAGGUCGACCUGCAAUGGCUUGGUUUGACGAUCACCAGCGCGUCAAUCUGGGACAAAAGGAUCGGCUCGUCACAGCUAGUGACAUUGAAACAGUCGCCAACAGCGUGGACGGCUUCAAACAAGACGGGGAUCUUGCUGGGCUUAAUGGCCAACUGCACUGCAUAUCUGCCGUUCGCAAUCCGAAGCAAGAGCUCAUCGGUUUGACCAUGAGAGUUGGACGGCACGUCACUGGUGUUGCUGCUAUGAUAUCUGAUUUGCUGUUUGCGGAUCCGUCCAAAUCAAUACUCUUCAUUGGCGAAGCUGGAUCCGGCAAGACCACAGCGCUUCGAGACGUAGCUCGACUACUCUCCGAACGAACGAGCGUUUCCAUUGUCGAUACAACUUGUGAAAUUGGAGGGUAUUCCGACUCACCACAUCCAUCAAUAGGCAUGGCCCGAAGGUUCAUGGUAGACAAACGAGAAGAUCAAGCAAGAUGGAUGAAUCAAUGUUUCCGAAACCAACGCCCACGCGUCCUUGUUGUAGACGAACUGGAGAGUUUGUCUGAUGUGAAUGCAGCGAUACAUUGCCAGCGUCGCGGGGCUAGACUGAUUGCGGCUACAAUGGGGACUUUGCAUGAUGUCAUGGAGGAUUACAACCUCUCUGUCCUCAUUGGCGGAAUCAAGGAAACACGCGAGUCAAAACAACGGGCGACUCAGCCCGUCUUUGAUGCGAUCGUUGAACUUCGGAGAGGAGCUCUAAAUGAGUGGAGGGUCAUCCCAAAUACGUUGGAGGCGGUGGAUUCUAUCUUGGAACACAAGAGUUACAUGUCUCAAUUACGAAUCAGAGACCCCGAAAAAGGAAGCAUGCAACUCGAACUGGAUCGAGUGUGCAUGCACAUGUAGCCAGCUAUGCUUUAUAAUAAUCAACAUGAUAUAUUGUGCAUUCUCGGUCAGCUGUGAU